AUGGACAAGCAGCCGCAGGCUGACAAGGUUGUCGCGACGGCUGCUGAGAAAGCCCUGAUAUGGAAGCAAGACAAGCGCAUCAUUCCCCUCUCCGCGGCCAUCUACCUGCUGUGCUACCUCGACCGGAGCAACAUCGGAAAUGCAAAGACGUUGAAUGCAUCCGAUCACCAAGACCUCCUGUCAGAGACACACAUGAGUGACUAUCAGUAUACGAUCUCACUCAUGAUAUUUCUGGUAGCGUACGGAUUGUUUGAAGCCCCGUCAAACGUUCUCCUCAAAAGACUGCGGCCCUCACGUUGGAUAGCGAUCUUGAUGCUGGGCUGGGGCUCAUGCUCGAUGGGUCUCGCAGGAGCACACAAUUAUGCCACCGUGACGGUGGUCCGCUUUCUCCUGGGUGUGUUCGAGGCUGGUCUCUUCCCCGGCUUGGUAUACUACCUCACCUUUUGGUACAAGUCUAGCGAGCGCAGCAUACGUGUUGCGUUCAUUCUCGCGAGCGCAACACUUGCAGGUGCCUUUGGCGGAGCCAUCGCAUUCGGCGUCGGUCACAUUCACGAGGCCCAUGGCCUCUCCGCCUGGCGCUGGCUGUUCAUCAUCGAGGGCGCGCCUUCUUGCCUCUCAGCGCUCUUCGUGCUAUACUUCCUGCCAGACUAUCCAGAAACCGUCAGCUGGCUGUCAGACGACGAGAGGGCACUCGCUCUCAGCCGUCUUUCUCUCGAGGGGAGUAAGGGCCUUCACGACUCAGACUGGUGGCGCGACGCAAGAGCCACUUUGGCCGAUGGCAGGCUCUGGGCACACUACGCCAUCUAUUUCGGCAUCUCAGCACCUUUCAGCAGCCUCUCGCUCUUCACACCCUCCAUUACAGCCGGCCUUGGCUACGAGAAUCUCGAGGCGCAGCUCAUGACCGUCCCGCCUUACGCGGUCGCCUACGUCGUGCAAAUCCUGGUAUCAUGGUCAGCGGACCACUUUGAUGCGCGGGCGCUGCACUCGGCUGCCAGUGCGACCGUCGGGGCCUGCGGCUUCCUGGCUUCUGCUGUCUUGCCUGCCGAUGCCUACUCGCAUCGCUAUGGCUGCCUGAUUGUCGCGGCGACGGGAGCCUUUGCGUGUAUCCCUCCACUGCUCGGCUGGCUUUCUUCCAACAUCUUCAGCACUGCAUCGAUUGGCCUUGCCAUUGCGCUGAACAUUGGGCUGGGCGGGGCUCCUGGGCAGAUCCUGGGAACGUGGAUUUACAAGGCCGAUGAAGCUGCGAUUGGCUACCCGACUGGCCACUGGACCAAUGCUGGCUUGCUCUUCUUUGUGGCCGCGGGAUGUGUUUGCCUGCGGAUCUAUUAUGGACAUCUGAACCGCAGACUGAAAACAGCCAUGGUGGAGGAGGAAGAUCAGACAAGGCUAUACAAGUAUUAA